UGAUUUCCACGUGUUCUUAUUUUUUCGUUCUUAUUGUUUGAUAGUAACAUAUAGUGAAUAUAUAUAUUUCUAGGGAAUAAAUGAAGAAUGUAAGAGAUUGAGAAUCCCUGGUAUAGAAUAUGAAUUAACUUAUAACCGCGCCAUCUAACGUUACAAAUAUGAAGUUGAAAUCGUAGUCAAUAUUUUACAAUGAAGUAAAUCUGACAUUUUGUAUGGUUAUUGUAAAAUUAUUAUUAUUAUAAAUAAUAACCUGUGAGAUCACUGGUUGCAAUAUGGUUAUUGAAAGUUAUAUAUAAACUACAAUUUUCGUAAUGUAUUAUUAACAUUUGAAAGCUUUGACGCAUUUCUGUACUCGCAUCAGUAGAAAAUAGAAAAUGUUUGUCUAUCUAAGCAAAAAAAUAGCAAUACCAAAUAAUUUUCGUUUGAAUUGUAUAGCAUGGAAUCAAAAAGAAGGUUAUAUCGCUGUAGGUGGAGAGGAUGGUCUUUUGAAGGUAUUACGAGUUGAAUCUGUCAUGGGAAAUAAUAAUAUGAAUGGAAAAUCUCGUAAUUUGACUGCAGCUAGUAACCUCACUAUGAAUCAAACUUUAGAAGGUCAUAACGGACACGUACAAGUAGUUACUUGGAACGAAGAACAUCAAAAGCUUACAUCAAGCGAUCAAAAUGGUGUUAUUAUCGUUUGGAUGAUGUAUAAAGGUUCUUGGUACGAGGAAAUGAUAAAUAAUCGUAAUAAAUCUGUUGUAAAAAGUAUGGCAUGGAGUCAAGAUGGUCAAAAGAUAUGUAUAGUAUAUGAAGACGGCGCUGUAAUUGUUGGUUCUGUCGAUGGCAAUAGAAUAUGGGGAAAGGAAUUGAAGAAUGUUUCUUUAUGCAGCGUGCAAUGGUCGCCCGAUGGAAAAUUACUUUUGUUUGGCUUAAAGAAUGGAGAACUUCACUUGUAUGACAAUCAAGGCAUAUUUUUAACUAAGCUAAAUACAAUACAGCAAAUCCCUGGGCAAUUGCAAGUAAUAGUUACGUUGCAGUGGUAUAAUGGGAGAAAUGGAUAUAUCGCUGUAGACUGUCCUACUUUAGCUAUUUGUUAUCAAAGCGGCAAAAUAUUAUUAAUAAAAGAUACUAACGAUGACAAUCCGGUUAUCGUAGAAACUGGCAUGACAGCUGCAUGGUGUUGUUGGAAUAGUCACGGUUCUAUAUUAGCUGUGACCGGUAUGAUGCCAUUUUUAACUAAUGGAGAAACAAAGGAUGUAAAUGCUAUUCAAUUUUAUACUCAAUUUGGGGAACAUAUGAGAACUUUAAAAAUACCUGGUAGAGAAGUAACGGCAUGCGCGUGGGAAGGAGGAUCAUUGAGAGUAGCUUUGUCUGUCGAUUCUCACAUAUAUUUUGCAAAUAUACGUCCAGAUUAUAAAUGGACUUACUUCAGUAAUACCGUUGUAUUUACAAAUGAAAAAAUAAGUAAGGAUGGCAUAUGCGUUACGUUCUGGAAUACUAGUAAUAAUACUUGCUGCACUAAAUUUGUACGUACUUUAAUUUCUAUAGCUUCCUACGGAGAACAUUGUGUUCUAGCAGUAAAGAAUGAUCCGACGCAAGGAUCUGAACAAUUUGCAUUAUUAGUUUGCAAUACUAUAGCCACACCAAUAGAUACUAAAUUUUUAGAUAUGGAGCCUUUGUAUGUGACUAUCACCAGUAAUAUUGUUAUUGCAGCUUCAAAAAAUAAUUUUGUACUUUGGACUUUUCGUACACCUCGUAAUUCAGCAUUGCUUGCUGGAAAAUUACGAAAGGAAAAACUUUAUCACGUGGAUGAUACUCCAACCGGAAUAACAGAAGUUAUACAGGAUUUGGAUAGAGAUAGAUCUUUCGAAUCACCUACAAGUACCAAAGCUACGAUGGAUCCAAUUUCUUGCAUUUGUGCAACUGAAAAGUUAUUCCUUGUUGGAAGAGAAUCGGGAAUGAUACAACGUUACUCUCUACCGCAAGUUACUCUUAUGAAUCGAUACAAUACAUCUUGCAGACUUUACAAAAUGGCUAUUAAUUGCGAUUCAACUCGUGUUUCUAUCAUGGAUACGUCUGGGGUUCUUACCAUGUUGGAUUUAGAUACACACAAAGGUUCUGAUUCUUUAAAUACGAAAAUAGGAGAUGAUGUAAGUAAAUUUGAAAGAAAAGAUGUGUGGGGAAUGCGUUGGGCUCAAGACAAUCCUCUAUUACUUGCAAUUAUGGAAAAAACAAGAAUGUAUGUAUUAAGAGGAUUAGAUCCCGAAGAACCGAUAUCUUGUUAUGGAUAUAUUUGCUCUUUCCAAGAUUUAGAAAUACGAUGUGUUUUAUUGGAUGAUCUAAUAGAAAGACCAGACGAAAUAAAAAAUGAUUUAAUAAUAGAUUUGGAAGUAAAAUCGUUAAGAGAUACAAGAGAGCUAUUAGCCAAGGUAGGAUUGAAAGAAGCUAAUAAUUUUAUUCAGGAUAAUCCACAUCCUCGAUUAUGGAGAUUAUUAGCUGAGUCAGCGUUAAAGGUGUUAGAUCUAGAAACUGCAGAGAAUGCGAUGGUUCGUUGUACGGAUUACUUGGGUAUACAAUUUAUCAAACGUUUAAGGAACGUUCAUAACGAUCAGUUAAAAAAAGCAGAAGUGGCAGCAUUUCUUGGGAAUUAUGACGAAGCUGAGAAAUUAUAUUUGGACAUGGAUAGAAGAGAUCUUGCUAUAACGUUGCGUCAAAAACUGGGAGAUUAUUUUCGCGUCGUUCAAUUAAUGAAAAUGGGUAUUGGUGGAUCCGACAAGCAAAUGGAGCAUGCCUUCAAUAAAAUAGGAGAUUCUUUUGCGGAAAGACAAAAUUGGGAAGGAGCUAGAGAAUAUUACGAGAAGGGACGCAAUUUAGAGAAACUUAUUCAAUGUUAUUACAAACUCGAAGACUUUAUACAGCUGGCAGGAACAGUGGAUCAAUUACCCGACAAAAGUCCAGUAUUAAAAACCGUAGCAAGAAUGUUAGCUUCUGUAGGUAUGUGUUCGCAAGCAGUAGCAGCUUAUAUCAAAUAUGGUGAUGUCAAAUUGGCAGUGGACACGUGCGUGCGUCUUAAUCAUUGGGACCAAGCUAUCGAUUUAGCAAAAACUUACAAAAUGGCACAGAUUGGCGAACUUCUUAAUAAAUAUGCUAAUCAUCUUUUAUCAAACGGUAAAAGAUUGCAAGCGAUAGAGUUAUAUAAAAAAGCAAAUUAUUACUUGGAAGCUGCGAAAUUAUUGAUAAAACUUGCGGAAGAACAAGCUAAAAUCAGGACAAACCCAUUGAGAGUUAAAAAGAUAUAUGUUCUCGCUGCCUUAUUGAUAGAGGAUCAUAUUAAUAGCGUACCAACGAUAAAGGGAGGACGUAGCAACGUCGUAAUGGGUUUAACAGAAAGCAACGAGGAUACCAAAAUAAUAGAAAAUGCUUGGCGUGGUGCUGAAGCAUAUCAUUUUCUUUUAUUGGCACAUAGACAAAUAUACGAUGGUAAUUUCGAUGCCUCCAUGAAAACUGCUUUAAGACUUAGAGAAUACGAGGACAUUUUGGAACUGGAAGAUAUUUAUUGUCUACUUGCGUUAUCGAGCGCUGUUAAUCAUGCCUUUGCUACAUGUUCCAAAGCGUUUAUUAAAUUGGAAGCUUUUGAAGCUAUUACAGACUCGAAAAGAGAAGAAUACGAGGAACUCGCCGUAAAUAUCUUUACGAAAUACAGUCCAAAGGACACGCGUAAUGUAAAAGCCGAAUGCGUAAAUUGUGAGACGUUAAUACCUGAUUGGUGUGUCGUAUGUCCGAAUUGUAUGUCUAGAUUUCCGCCUUGUAUAGUCUCUGGUAAACCUUUGAUGGAUCUCAGUAAUGCUUGGAUUUGCACCGUCUGUAGACAUCAUGUAGCAACGGAACGUGAUGUCGUUAAUAUUAAUGCUUGCCCAUUGUGUCAUAGUACGAUCACGUAUAUGUAGAACAAAUGAUUCUAUAUACAUACAUACAUACAUACAUACAUACAUACAUAUAUAUAUAUUUAAUCGUUAUUUAGAUUCCGUCCAACGAUAUUUGUACAAAACUAUUAAUAAUAACAAUAAUAGUAAUAAUUUAAUAAUUUAGUUUGCUUAUCACGAGUGCACUUACUUAAUUUUCUAUGCAAGAAACGAACACUCGUAUGAUCUCGAAUAUUAGAAGACUGUCUCUUAUUUCUCACAUUAUUCUAAUAUAAUACGUAAUUUCAUCCGUCCAAUCGACCCUAAGAAUGAUGAAUUAUUCAAAGUACAAAAAAAGAAAAUUGUUAAAUACAAAAAUGAAAAUAUAUAAGAUUAAAAUAA